AUGGAAGAAGAUUUUCUUUCCAAAAAUAAUCCUUGUGGGCAAACUCUCCUACAACUAGUGUCUAGGGGCAAUGCUGUAAUAGCUGAAAUUUCUAGAUUGAAAGACCACAUACCACCUGUUUUCAAGCUUGAUAACAAAUCGGAUCAACAGAAGUAUGGAGACAUCAUUCAUGAUUUUAAUUAUUUCACCUCUUCAGAAGCAAUAGAUAAAAAGAUUGAGGCAAAUGAGAACCUUCAGGAUAUUUCGGAUGAGCUAUGGGAGCAUUACGGUGAUAUAUUGGAAAGAUUUUAUAAUGCCUAUGAAAGUAUAUUCAAAUAUAUAAGGGACUUGAACUUUUUCUUAGAAGAAGUUGAUGAAGGAGUAUAUAUUCAACAGAAUCUGGAUACUAUUUUCCUGAGUGAAGAUGGAUUGCAGUUAAUGUGUGAAAGCAUUUAUUUGUAUGGUGUUAUGCUGUUCUUAAUGGAAAUUUAUCAUACUUCUCCAGUUCGGGAGAGAUUAGUUGUGGCCUAUUCUAGAUAUAAAACUGCAGAUACUCUUGAUCAUGUCUGUCAAUUAAUCAGGUCUACAGGGUUCACCAAUACUGCUGGUGUCAAAAGGCCCAUUAAUUAUCCACAAGAUCUUUUCAAGAGGAUUCCAAUAGAUGAAAAGUUUCUUGAUUUAGUCAUAGGAAAGCUCCGUACUGAAGAUAUUUAUCAUCAACAAAAAGCACUCCCUCAACCUCAACAUUCAACUACUGCUUUUGCUCAACAAGCAGCUAUGUUAUUUGUCAUACUUUUUUUUGCUCCUAAUAUUCUUCAUCAUCAAACAGCGAGAAUGAGGGAAAUAGUAGACAAGUUUUUUCCUGAUAAUUGGAUAGUAAAUAUUUAUAUGGGUGUGACAGUAAAUUUAAUUGAACUUUGGGAGCCUUUUAAAGCAGCCAGAUUGGCUCUUGCGAAUACGUUGGAAUCCUCAAAUAUUCAAGAUUAUGCUCAGCAGCAUGCGAAAAAUCUUGAGAAAUUGCUUGAUGAUACAAACAAAAUUUUAAGUGAAGGAGUUCUUAGUAAAAGUUAUCUUAUGGACAAUAUAAGCAAUAUUCUUGGUCUAUCAAGGGAUAGUAACGUUACCCUUAGAUGGCUUUUUCUUCAUUCAGCACAGCAUCAUGCAGUGAUUGAAACUAACAAAAAAUGUAAACAAAUUCGUGAUCAAGUCAUUUCAAUCAUUCAGCUAGAUGAGGAAAAAAUACUUCAGUUGCUUUUUAACACAGCACAGUAUGAAAAUAAGAUUAGUGACUUAUUUAAAUCAGUCUUAAGUGAACGAUCUGAAAAUUGGGAAACUGGAAAGAAAGAAAGCUUAGCAAGAAUACAAGAAUUGAUUGAAAUAUUUGCUGGAAAUAAGCAAGUAAUGCGAGUAAAAAAAAGUGAAAGUUUGAGGAAGUGGUUUAGUGACAUAUCAGUUGAAAUAGAUUCCUUAAAAAUAGAAGAACCUAAUAUUUCAGCUAGAAAGAUUGCACAGUUAAUUCAAGCAUUGGAAGAAGUGCAGGGUUUCCGCCAAAUAAAUAAUAAUUUGGGUGUAAAGCAGUUGGUUUCUGAAUGCUGUGACCUUCUAAAAGAAAUGUUGGGUGCUGUUAAUGUAAGAGACACUCUUCUGGUAAAUAUGCAAAUCAUUGGUGAUUUUUCCUAUGGUUGGAUAUUAAUAGAUAACUUCAAUUAUUUAAUUCAAGAAAGGAUAAAAAAUGAUCCUGUUACUGUAAGCAAGCUGAGAUCAGUUUUUCUUAAGUUGAGCUCAGCUAUGGAAACUCCUCUCCUCCGCAUAAACCAGGCUGAUGAUGGAGAUUUACCUUCAGUUUCGAUAUACUAUAGUCAUCAGCUUUUGAAUCGUGUAAGAUUACUCUUGCAAGUCAUUCCAAGAUCUGUAUUUCAACUCAUGGCUCAAUUAGCUCUCAUAAUGACUAAUGAAAUUCCUGAACUUCCUACAAGGUUAGAUAAAGAGAAAUUGCGUGACAUGGCCUGUUUACCAGCAAGGUUUAAAGUAGCUAAAAUGACUCACCGAGUUUCUGUUUUCUCAAAAGGUCUUCUCAAUAUGAAGUCUACGCUCGUUGGUAUAGUUAGAGUAGAUCCGAGAGAGCUUCUUGAGAGUGGAAUAAGGGAUGAAUUAACGUCACACAUCAAAGCAGCCCUUGAUGCAAAUUUGAAUUUUACUUCAAAAUCAAAGAUGGAUCUGAAAUCAAGACUGGCAGAGCUAGGUGCAACUAUGGAAGGCCACAGAAAUUCAUUUGAAUAUGUUCAAGAUUACAUUGGGAUCAAUGGCGUUAAAAUGUGGCAGGAAGAACUUAAAAAUGUGAUAAUGGCUAGUGUUGAAGUUGAAUGUAAAAAUGUUGUGCGUAAAGGUAUUUACACUGACCUGUUAGGAGUAACGUUCAUGGGACGCCUUGCAAAACAACUACUUCAUACAAUAGAUCCAAAGACUACAUUUUUUGUAGAGCAGCAUUCAGCAUGGAUUGAUAUCAAAACAAAACUAAAAGUUGCUGAUUUAGAUCUCUUUAAGCGUAUUUUGAAAGCUGUGAGUGUUCCUGGUUUAGUUGGACUGGACAGAAUUGUAUCUUUCAUAAUCGCUAAGCAGUUACAGGACAUGGUGACUUUUCUGGAAAAGGAAGCUGGUAACAACAAUGCUUGGUUGGAAAUGUUUGGUAGUAUUGCAAAAUCACUUUCCCCCUAUUCGGUUACUGUAGAACAACCAGCAAAAUUGUAUCCGACUGCUGCUACAAGGCUUUCCAGACUUUUUUCUGCUAUCAAUCUUUUUGAUGCGAUAGUAUUAAUUGGAAAUCUUCAAAUACUUAGGAAACAAAUAUCUUUCACUCUCAACCAAAGUGCCAAAAUCCAUGCUCGUAAUUAUACUUCUUCACUGCAAGCUGUGAAUGAUGCACUGUUAAUAGAAGUUUUAGACCAUGAAAAAGAUAGUUCCAAACCUGGCCCGUCACCCUCAGAAAUAGGUAGGGUAUCUGAACUGCUGAUGUGGGUUGGAGCUAAUGACCCCUAUGCUACGAUUUACAUUACAUGUAGAAAUAUACCCUAUAUAUCCCUUUUUGCAUUUUUAUUUUCAUCAGUUCAUGUACCACGCUUCACAUACGAUAAAUCUUUAGCUACUUUGGUUUGUAAAAGAACUGGUGAAGGUGUAACACCUUUUGUUGUGGGUACUCAUACUUUAUUAAAACAGUUUAAUGUUGAUAUCACUAAACAGUACAUAGUCUUUGGAUGCCAGUAUGUCAAGUCAUAUAUGCUUGCCCCUUUAUUGGCUGGAAAACAGGAUGUGGCACAAGAAGCCCUUAGUAUGAUGCAGUUCUUGGAACAAUUCAUUAGUGUUGGUGAUCUUCCUAGGUCUCUUAUCACUCAGUCUAUACCUAAUUUAAUUGUUGAUUUAUUCAGACAUGGAUUAACUGCGUAUACUAGCUGUUAG